AUGUACGAUAGAAACAUUGUUUCUCUUUAAAGAAACUCUUAGUUAUCACUUAAAGACUACUAACAUUAAUGUAGAAGCAAGUCAUUUGAAAUCAUCAAUGAUAGGAGCGACUUAGUUCCUCCAUACAAGAGGAUGAUCGUGAAAUCAUUUGCUUUGACAGUGAAGCCUUAAAAAGUUAAUCCAUCUAUCUUUUGCACCGGUACUAUGAAUGGGAACAUAUUCGUAGGUAAUUCUCAGAAAGAACCUUCUAACUCAAUGGGAACAAAAGCAUAAUUCCUAGAAUUUUGUGCUCAAAGUUAUCCUAACCUAGAAUUCAAUGGAUUAAGUGAAGAAAGGCAUAAUCCUCAAAUCAUAUUCCCAGAAAUUCAGCUUAAGGUCCAUGAGAAUCCAAUAUUUGAUCUGAUAUGGCUGAACAAUGAUAAAUUUGUUAUGACUGCUAGCGGUGAUCAAACCUGCGCUCUGAUUGAUAUUGAAACUCAAUAUAAAAUUUCAGAACUCAAAGAUCAUGAGUCUUCAGUGAAAUGCUUAGCAAAAUGUGAUUCUGAAGACUAUAACCUAAUUGCUUCUGGAGGAAGAGAUGGUAAAAUUUUCCUAUAUGAUAUGAGAAUGAAAGAGUAAAAGAUUGCUCAUUUUAGUCUGAUAGGAAAGCAUUUUUUUUCAUAAUACGUACUCUAGAAAGUAGCUGGGACAAGUUCAGUAAGAAAACCAAAUACUAGCUUUUAGAUACCCUCAGUAACUGGUCUAGCUUUUUAUGGUUAGACUCAACUAGUUUCAAUUGAGUCUCACUCUGAUAAAAUAAGUUUCUUUGACCUGCGAAUGCUUGAGACGCCUGAAUACUUCAAUUUAAAAUAAAGUACAGCUGGAUCAUGUCCAACAAUGUAGAAUUUCAAUAAAAAGUAAAAUCUCAGCAAAAUGCUUGAAUGCUAACUUGAUAGUUAAUUUUAUCACAAAAAGUUAGGAGAUCCCUAUAAUUGCUCAAAGGGCAACAUAUCAAUAGUAAUAAAGGAAUCUCAAAUGCUUAUAAACUCAAUGGAUAAUGUGAUAAGCUUAUAUGAUAUGUAUAACAUUCAUUAAUCAUUGCCUAAACGAUUUAGUGGUCAUAAGUCUCAAAAAGAGUUUUACGUCAGAGCAAACUUCGGAUACUAUGAUGACUUUAUCUUGAGUGGAUCUGAGGACGAGAGGAUACAUAUUUGGGAUUGUAAAAAGAAUAAAGAGGUUAUACAAUUGGGGAGCAAAGAUCAGACCUAUGGUCAUGUUGGAAUUAUCAACGAAGUUCAAUGGCCAACAUAUGACAAGAUCAUUUCUACAGGAGGUUUAUUUAUCAUGUGCCUUGCAAAAGUAUAACAGAUUUGGUUUGAAACAAUAAAGAACAUUACUUAUCACAAAUAUGCAUCUCUUCAAUCUAACUAAAUAAAGUAAAAGAAUUACUGUCCCUAACUAAAAUCAAUAGAGAUAAAUCGUAAAAUUGACUUAUUCAAGGUUGAUGGAUUCACUAUCAGCGAAGAUUCAACUAGCUCUGAGUUUAUUAUUCAUAUCUCAGGUGAAUAUGAUUAUCGAUAUCAAAGCAUGAAUCUUAGAGAUGUCAUUUUUGCUACUAUUCGUAAAAUUUUAAGGAAUAAAGGUCAUCUAAUACUCUUCUAUAAAGUUGUAAGCUUUUAAUAUAAAUUGCUUAAUUACAUUUUAAAGCCAAGUACUAAGUUAAAGCCUUAUGCAACUAUUAAGAAGGAAGUACCCAAAGGUAUUUUUAGAAGACCAGAGAAGAUAUACGUAAUCGAAGAAAAAAAUCUAGAUAUCAUUGAGAAAUAAGUCGAGGAUAGUGUAAGGAACAACGCAAAUUGGUUUGAAGAAACAAAGAUGAGUGACUCUGAAAAGAGAAAGCAAACUAUUAAUCAAUAGUCGAAAUAGUAAAAUGAAGCUUAGAGUACUUAGUAGAAUUCAGAAGAAUUUGAGACUACCUAAAAUUCAUCUAAAAGCAAAAGAAAGGAUAAAAAAUAAUCAAAAGAAGAGGCAAAAUUACAAGAAAUACCAAGCCAAAAAUAAACUGUCAAGACUAAUCAAUAUUAGGCUAAAUCUUAUGAAAUAUAAGACAGUCAAGAAGUUAAUUUGAAGUUGCAAACUAAUGUACCCGAGUUAGAGGAUUUUUAAGCAAAUUUCAAAGUUGCUGAGACCAACGGAGCUUAAGUUUUAAUCUCAGAGAUUACAGAUGUAAAUGCCUUCUCCCUUAGUCAUCAGUAAAUUGACGCUUUCAAUGAAUCGUAGCAUGUGACUAAAAUUGUCUAAGUAGUGGAAAAGAGAGGAGACAUAGAUUAAAUUAUUCUAGAAAAACCCCCUCAAGGAUUUACACCAUUAACUCAAAUAUUGCAAAGAAGAGCUUCAUAAUUAAAGAGAUUUGACGAACUAGAAAUAGUUGACAACUCAGUUUUGGCUCAAAUAUUUGGUAAUGUAGUUAAAGCAGUCUAGGACCUUGAGAAUAGAAACUUACGAAUUUAGAAGCUUUAGCCAGAGAAUAUCUUGAUAAAUGAAAAUAGUAAGCAAGUUAAGAUAAUCUUUACUGAGUCUGCAUUUCAAGAUCUCAAGAAGGCCGGAGACUCCACAUAUUCCUAUCUUAUUCCUACUGUAGAAGACAUCAGAUAUUAAUCACCUGAGAUGCUAGAGCAUAAGUUGCAAAAUAUUACAGGCUGUUCUUGGGCAAUUGGUUUGAUGAUGUAUGAGUAUCAAUAUGGCUUUCAUCCUUUCGCUCACAAAGAUAGCAAAGUAAUGCAGAUGCUAAUCAAGAGAUACCCAGUUAUAUUCCCAGAGGAGCCUAUUACUACUCAUGACUUCUAAGAAGUAAUAAGUGAUCUGUUAACAAAAGAUUACCAAUAGAGGAUUGGUAGUGAGAAUCUACAAAAAGAAAUCUUUCAGAAUUAGUAUUUUAGUCAAAACUAUGAAAGAUGA